CGACAGUUAAUACAGAGAUUGAGACUCCAGCAUCUGGUGACUAAUACGUCGUUGAAAUUACUGCACAUACGUGCAGGACAUAAUCCAAUUGACUUUCUGGCACCCGAGGUGAUUGCCAGUGAGCGUCAGUGUCAGUUCCACUAUCUCAAUAAAGUUAUUAGAAACUUACUGUUGGCAGUUCCGGAAAAGUUCGCAAUGUUUGCCUAUCCAAUAGUUCCAAUGGCUACAGAAGAGGAGAUCUUAGCCUUCGCUGAAUGGGCCUUUGGCCCAAAGGGCCUCCAAAGUCUUAUCAUAUUAGCUUACGGCAACUUUGCAGAGGGUGACAGCAAUAAUAGUUAUAUUUAUUGCAGAAGUUCGGUUUUAGAGAGAGGAUAUGAAACAACUGACAACUCGGGCAAAGUUAUGCCUUCAUUUCGGAAGAUGACGAUACAAGAUGAUUACAUGUGGAAUUUCGUCCCAAAGGGGGUCCACUUUCCUAAAAGAGUGCAGAGAAUAUCCACAGGUGUUCUAGAUGUUGAUGCUGUAUGUAGUCUUUCAAAGUUUUCAUUCCUACCAGAGAAUAAUGUUGAGCAUUUCUGA